AUGUCAAAUACUCUGUUUCCUGGUGUUGCUGUCGUGACGGGAGCUGGAGGGACAGGAAUCGGUGCAGCCACGGUCAAAGCAUUCGCUGCUGCCGGAUGCAAGCAGAUUGCUAUCACUGAUAUCAAUGAAGUUUCAUUAGAACAAACUCGGGACGCAAUCGCCUCCGCCUAUCCCGAAACCCAGCUGCUGAUAAGGCCUGGGAACAUCGCGGAUGAGACAUUUGUCGAGUCUUAUAUGCAAGAAGUCAUAGACGCAUUCAAACGCAUCGAUUAUGCCGUCAACUGUGCCGGAGUCCUAGGAGGAGGCCAACGCUCCACAGAAUCAACAUCCGAAUCCUUCGACCGCAUCAACGGCGUCAACUACAAAGGCUGCUGGCUUUGCUCUCGAGCAGAACUAAAACACAUGCUUAAGCAAGAUCCAUUACCCAGCCAUGAUCCAGAUCGUGGACCUCAACGCGGAUCCAUUGUCAACGUCGCAAGUCAGCUCGGAAUAGUCGGACGUCCGGAGGCUUGUAAGUCAUCAUUCGCCCCCUCAAUAUAUCUUACUGCAUCCGGAUCUCUAAACUCUGUUUGCUUCCCCUCAGCUGCGUACUGUGGUUCCAAGGCUGCCGUGAUUGGCAUGACCCGCUCGGAUGCGAUCGAUUAUUCCAAGGACGGAAUAAGAGUUAACUGUGUCUGUCCGGGUCUUGUUGAGACUCCCAUGACUGUACAGUCUGAGGAGUUGCGCGAGAGAUUCAGACCGGCUGUAGAAAUCGCUCCGAUGAAGAGGAUGGGAAAGCCGGCUGAAAUUGCUGAUUCUAUUCUAUUUCUCUGCUCUACGCAGGCGUCGUUUGUUCAAGGUCAUGCCCUUGUUGUGGAUGGAGGGUAUGUCAUCAAUUAGUCUUCCUUUGAUGGGGUAUAUCUUUGCCUAGAACCAUAUACACAUAUACACUUCGUUCUCGAAAUUUUACUAUUAGUCCUGCUCGUUCGACGCCAUCUCUUUCCAAUUGAAAUGAGUUUCCCACGAAUGACCAGCCCUCAGGACCUUCGAUUCUUGCCACAACCCUCCAACAAUUUCCAUCCCCACGGGUAAGAGUACCUUUUCAUCGUCCUUAGCCGGGCAAAUCCCACUGGAAUAGACAUUGCAGGAUGGCCAGUGAGAUUAAAGACCGCCGUGUUUAUCGUAAGCCCCAUACUAGGCUUAAUCGACUCCAUGGGAAAGCCACGCGUACCAUGUUUCGGCGCAACAAUAGGCGUUGUAGGCAUGACCACAACAUCAUACUUCUCAAAAAUCUCUUCGUACAAGUCGCGAAGUUUCCGGCCGAUGUUGUUUGCCUUGGCAUAAAGUUCCGGGAAUCGAGACAUAAGAUAAAGGCCGUUGAUC